CCCACACUCGUUUACUACCUCUGCAGCUCUGCUUUUUCCGCACUGAAGUUUAUAUUUCUUUGCGAGUGGUUCUGGCGUUCUUCUCUCCGGCGGAAGUAAUGGAGGUUUCCGUCUCGAUACUUUAGAGAAUGAAUUUUCCGGCGCAUAAACGAUUUGGUGAAGAAGAAACUUCACUACAAUGUUCACUCCAGGCUUCAAUGGUGAUGCCAUUAGACGGGUACGAGAGGAUAUCCACUAUGGAAGGAUGCAUAAAAAGAAUCCUUUUUUCAAUGAUAUUCCCAAUGUGGCACCUAGUGCAUCUCCCUCUAUAAGUUCGUUUCACCAAACUGAACAAGUUGCUGAGGGAAGUUGGACCUCUAGGUUUCAUUGUUCGCAUAAUAUUCCAAAUUCAAAUAAUUCUGUGGCUACAAAUAAAUCAAAAGCAGCAAUGGGUGUUCCUUCUAGCACCACCGUUGAGGAUGGCACAACGAAGGGGAAUCAUGAUCAAUCUGUCAGGGUUGCAGACAGUAGAGAAGUCAAUGAAUCUGUGAGCUCUUUGUCCACUCGUCAACCCAUUUUUCAUGCAAGUGGGCUAGGUGCAUGGUUUUCUGUGAUAGCCUAUGAUGCUUGUGUUCGUUUAUGUCUCCAUUCAUGGGCCAUAGGUUGCAUUGAAGAAGCUCCACACUUUUUGAGUAAUGAAUGUGCAUUGUUGCGAAAUGCAUUUGGUUUGCAGAAGGUGUUACUGCAAUCAGAAGAAGAACUAUUGACAAAACAUUCUCCUGAGUUAGUCAGUGAGAAAGGUGCUCCAAAGUCUAAAACAGUUGGCAAAAUGAAAGUGCAAGUACGUAAGGUAAAAAUGGGCCUAGACUCGUCUCCAGGGUGCAGUUUUUCAUCUCUAAAACCAUCCGUGUUAAAAGUGGAACCGCUCCGUCAACGUUUCUCCACUCUGAAUUCGAAGUUGUCCACUGGAUGCAAAGCUCUACGUAAAGUUCAUGUGACUACUCAUAUUCCUGCAGAUGGUACAUUUUCACAACAAGGCCUGGCUUAUGUGCAGGCAAGCACUCAGUAUAUAAAGCAGGUCUGCAAGCUCCUAAAGAAUGGGGUGGCUACUUUGCACAAUAGCUCAUUAUCAUCUGAAGUAGUCCCAGAAACAUAUUCUUUGGUGUUGAAAUUAAAAAGUUCAUCUGAAGUUGAUGUGAUACAAACACAACCAGGAUCUCGUGAAAGCUAUUUCUUCUUACCUGAUGGUCUUAGUGAUGACCUGGUUGUUGAAGUUCUUGACUCGAAGGGGCUGUAUUACGGCCGUGCUGUAGUUCAAGUGGCAGCUAUUGCUGAUGAUCCUGGUGACAAGGUUCGAUGGUGGCCUUUAUAUCAUGAGCCAGGGCAUGACCUUAUUGGCAGAAUUCAACUUUUCAUAAACUAUACCCAAGAUGAGAAUAAUCAUCUUAAGUGUGGUUCUGUUGCAGAAACUGUGGCAUAUGACUUGGUUCUAGAAGUUGCAAUGAAAGCUCAGAACUUUCAGCAAAGAAACUUGUUGCUCAAAGGCCCCUGGAAGUGGUUAGUGAUGGAAUUUGCUUCAUACUAUGGAGUAUCAGAUGCAUAUACCAAAUUAAGAUAUCUCUCCUAUGUCAUGGAUGUGGCUACACCCACUGAAGACUGUCUUACAUUGGUACAUGGUUUACUUUUUCCAAUAUACAUGAAGGGCAAAAGUAGGGGCAGCCUAAGUCAUCAAGAGAAGCGCAUGCUGGGAGAAAUUGAGGAUAAAUUACUGCAGAUUCUGACUUUGGUUUUUGAGAAUUACAAGUCAUUAGAUGAAUCAUUGCCAUCAGGAAUGGUGGAUGUUUUCAGGCCUGCCACUGGACAACCAGCAGCUGUCUUGGUUCCUGCCAUCAAGUUAUACUCUCUACUGCAUGAUAUGUCAAGUCCAGAGGCACAAUUGAAAUUCUGCAGAUAUUUCCAGGCUGCAGCAAAAAAGAGGUCGAGAAGACACCAAGCUGAAACAGAUGAGUUUAUUUUGAGCACUAACGAGGGCAGGUUGAUGGAUUCAAUGAUUUUCUCAACUUCUUAUCGGAAGAUGAAAUCUCUAGUUUUGAGUGUUAGAAAUGAAAUUUCCACUGACAUAGAGAUUCACAGUCAGAAUGUGCUCCCCAGUUUUAUAGACCUCCCAAAUCUUUCUGCAUCCUUGUACAGUGUGGAGCUCUGCAGUAGAUUGAGAGAAUUUCUUGUUGCAUGUCCUCCUUCUGGUCCCUCACUUCCUGUCCUUGAACUUAUUAUUGCAACGGCUGACCUUCAAAGAGAUCUCUCUUCCUGGAACAUUAACACUAUUAAAGGGGGGGUUGAUGCAAAAGAGCUGUUUCAUUCAUUUAUAACCUCUUGGAUUGAAGACAAACGUCUUGCUUUGCUUGGGUCAUGCAAGCUAGAUAAGUUAAAGUGGUCUGGUGCUAAAACACAACACUCUACAACUCCCUUCAUUGAUGAUAUAUACAAUCAGCUAAUGGAGGUGUUGGCUGAAUAUGAAAUCAUCAUUUGUCACUGGCCAGAGUACAGUAUAGUCUUAGAAAAGGUUGUCUCAGAUAUUGAGAAGGAAAUUGUCAAAGCUUUGGAGAGGCAGUAUGCUGAUGUGUUGUCACCCCUCAAGGACAGUCUCACUCCCAAGAUUUUUGGCCUUAAAUAUGUUCAAAAAUUUGGAAAAGGAACCCCCAAUACCUAUUUUGUCCCAGAUGAGCUGGGAAUUCUUCUGAAUUCCAUGAAAAGGAUGUUAGAUGUGUUGCAUUCCAAGAUAGAAUCCCAAUUCAACACUUGGCCUUCCUUCACUCCACCUGGUGAAAAUGAAAAUUUAGGGGAACAUUUCCGUGAAAUAACAGUGAUGCUGAGGGCAGAUUUGAGGAACUACAUGCAAGCAAUAGUAGAGAAACUUGUGGAGAAUACGAAAAUCCAGAGUUCAACAAAAUUGAAGAAGAUAAUUGAAGAUGAACAGGAGAAUGUCACUGAAUCAGAUGUAAAAAUUAGAAUGCAGCCUUUGAAGGAUCUUGUGAUAAAGACAAUAGAUCACCUCCAUUCAGUCUUUGAACCUCAUGUAUUCAUAAACAUCUGCCGGGCUUUCUGGGGUCGGAUGGGGAAGGAUGUGAUUUGCUUUUUGGAAAAUGGGAAAGAGAAGAGAGGGUAUAAAUGCUUAAGAAUUGCAGUUUCUGUCUUGGAUGACUUGUUCACAUCACAGAUGCAGAAGCUGCUUGGGAAUGCAAUCCAUGACAGCGACUUGGAACCACCAAGUUUCAUAAUGGAAGUGCAUUCCAUGCUGGAUUCUGUUAAUUCCAAGGAGAAUAACUACUAUUAUUAGGUACAUAUGCUAUACUUCACCAAUUCUCAUGUGCAUAAAGGAGAAAGUGGCUUUACGUUUGCCUUACACUAAAGAAAGGAUUGCAAAUACCAAAUAGCACACCUGAAGUGGAUACUACCAGGUAACAGAUACACUCCAGAUGUCAAGUUCUAUCCAUUUUGCUCUGCUAUUCGUGAUUUUUGUAUUUCCGAUCAUGAUCAUGGCCUACAUUGUGGAUAUCAUUUACUUGCUGAGAAAUGUAAAAUUUUGAGAAACCAGAUAUUCUGAUGAUCAUAUAUAAUAUUGGAAUUAGAAGCUAUUCAACCCUCCAUUUGGUUUCAUGGAAAAUGAUUUCUUGGGAAGUUGUAGCUUUAACGUGUACAUGAAAAGGAAAUUAAUAGUUAGAGAUAGA